ACGUAACGGUUCGUCCCUUGAUGCACUAUGUUUUUAGCGGACGAGGGAAAAGUAGUGAUGAGGUUUUUUGUGAAUGAGCGUGAUCACGUGAUAGUCCGGAAGUAUUUCAUUGAUUAGGCAGGAUAAAUGCAUGCGAAUUAUAUACUCGAGGGAUACAGUCACGGCAAACCAUUUAAGGGUUAUUUUCAAGAUGGAAGUGAACCUUGCUAGUGGUGUUACGUGUAAUAAGGUCGCAGAAUGGCUGGAAGACCGAGCAAGCUGUCGGGAAUGUGUUCUCAUGUUAGACUGCCGUCCCUUCAUGGCGUUCAACGAAGGGCGCAUACGAAACUCAUUGAACGUACACUGCCCUCCUAUUCUGAAAAGGAGGUCUGGAGGAUUUGUGGCUUUGGAGAAUAUUGUACCAUGUUCAGAAAAAAGAGAAAUGUUGAAAUCUGGACAGUUUAGUACAAUUGUAGUAUAUGAUAACGACACAUCCGAUUUGACUCUGUCUUCCAAAGACUCGAAUUUAUAUUCCGUCCUCAAAAGCCUUCGACAGCAAGUGGAAAAUUGUCCAGCGGUCUACAUUCAAGGUGGGUUUGAUGAGUUUAGCACCAGUUACCCUCACCUGUGUGAUAUCCAGCUGCAGGGGUCCAUUUGUCGACAGACACUUUGUGUUAACCCAAGCGUACCUUCAUCAAAGAUGGCGUUUGUACAGGGGGAACCAGUUGAGAUCCUUCCCUAUCUUUAUCUUGGAAACUCCCAGCAUGCAUCACAACUUGAACUGUUGGAGAGGCUUGGAAUUACCUCCCUUAUCAAUGUCUCAACCUCAUGCAGGAACCAUUUUGAAGAGAAGUUUAUGUAUAUGAACAUUCCAAUUGAUGACAAUGAUACUGCAGAUCUUGCGGCCUGGUUUCCCAAAAGCAUUACUUUUAUAGACACAAUUAAGGAGCAAUCCGGAAAAGUACUCGUACACUGCCAUGCGGGUGUAAGUCGCUCGGCAACCAUCUGUCUCGCCUACCUCAUGUUCACAGCCAAAAUCGGACUCGAAGUAGCAUUUGAACACGUGCAGUCUCGUCGCAGUGUGAUUUCGCCAAAUCUGAACUUCAUGCGACAGUUAAAGACCUACGAAAGUGAAUUAGGUGUGAUUUGUUUAUCUAAUGAUUCCUCUGUUACCCCAUCCUCAUCCGGAGCGACCUCAGCUUCAUCAGCGUCCUCCAUAGGCAGCUCCGAUUCAAUGUGUCAGGAAGAUAUGAUCAGCUCCGGAUCUCACCCAGGAUUUAACUUUGCUCAGUGUCCCGACAGAGAGUUUUCCCAUCAACCAAAAUGUAUGGUUACACCUAGUUCUUUUGACUUUUCGUUUCCAUGUCCUCCAAGUGCACCUCUUCUCAGUCCAAGUUAAAGUCCUGAGGUUAUUUGAGCUAGGAAUUGAUAUUUACUUAAUGAUACACCGAAGAGAGAGGAGGGCUGACUUCUUGUAGGCUUCUAAAGCUACCUUAUAUAUUAGGCCUCUUAACUAUAACCAUGUUGAUUAAGUGGAUCUCUACUUUGUCAUCUUCUGACUAGCUGAGAGAAUCUAUCAGGCUAUCUUAUCAACUGCUAGGUAGAUCUCUCUUCUUGGCAACAAUAACUGACCAUCUAUUCUGACUAGCUGAGAGAAUCUUAUCGAUCUCACUUAUCAAGUAGAUCUCGACUCUUGUCAACUUCUGACUAGCUGAUGGAAUCAAUCCAUCUCGCUUAUCAGCUACUAAGUGGAUUUCUGCUCUUGGCAACUAUAACUGACUAGUUGAGAGAAUCUAUUAAUCUCGUGUAUCAGCUGCUAUAAGUUGAUUUCUACUCUUGUCAAAUACUGAUUUGACUAGCUGAAAGAAUCUAUCGAUCACGUGUAUCUUGACCAGAGAGAUGUAGAGAGCUUCCAUACACUGUUAACUACAGACUAACUGACAUGCUUUCUGUAGUGACGCUUCUCUCGACGUUGACUGUAAUGACCAGCUGUCUAUGUACUAAAAUCCUGUUAUCUACAUGAUCUAUCUUCCCACACACAAAUGAUAAUUAAUUAGCCCAAUCUAUAUAUAUAAAUGUUUACUAUUUUUUGUUUUUAAUGUUUUCUGGGAUUAAUAGUUUCCAUAUUGUACAAGACAUAAUAAGCACCGGUUACCUAGGCUCUUUUAAGAAGAUAACUUAUUUGCAGAAUUUUUCAAAAUUGAUGAAAGUAGCCAUAUAAAGCAGACCUUCUUUUAAUGGUUGAAUUAUGAUGAAUUCGAAAGGAAAGGUUUCUUAACGGACCAGAGAUCUGGAGUGCUUAUUACGUCAAAUAUGACAUUGAUGAAUAUUCACAUUGUAAAUUAAAUUACACAUCACAGAUUUUUUUCUUUUUUUUGUUGAUUUUUUGUGUGUACAUGUCAGUGCUCCGUCUUUAUUCUUGAAUUGUGCCAUCAGACAACUGUUUGUAGUUUAAACUGUUAUUUUUUCUUUCACAAACAGGCGUUGAAAUCCUUUAAUUUAUAUAUAUAUAUGUUCAGAUUUUUCCUGAUGUAAUGUUAAUGGCUUGCAUCACUCUCACCAGCUGUAUAUAAAUGAUAUAUUACUAAAUACCUUUAUAAUUAACAAAAUUUUAUGAGAGAAUUGUUUUUGUGGUACAUCAGAUGACUCAAAAAUAUUCAGGAACAUUUAAAGACAUAAGAUAUAUGCAGUCAAAGCAUCAAGUAGACCCUAAAAAGUAUGUUUUUGACUCCCCAAAAUAAGAUUUUUGACUCUUGGGAUUGAAGGAACAUGUCUAUUUGACAUAUAUCUUGCAAUUGACUCUUCAGAUUUCUGAGAAAUAGUUACUUGACUUCUGAAAUUGCUUGAAAUUAAGUAGGGGUCAAUUUGAUGCUCUGGCACAAGUAUUUGUUUUCGGUUUUCAUCAAUCUAAAUCCUCAGUUCAUUGUUUGAACUAUCAUCAAAUAUAGCUAUCUAUUCUGUUUGUGUAUUUGUAGAAGAAACUUUUUGUACAAUUUUUUAUUGUCUCCAGCAACAAUUUUGUUUACAAUGUUUGUUUUGCUUGUUGAGAUGUGUAUAAUAUUUUUUCUUGCAUAUACUCGUAGUUGAUUGUUGACAUGUUGACCAGUUAUACAUAAUUAGUACUAUAUGCCAAAGAAAAUAUUUUUGAUUUAUGUUUAUAAUACAAGUUAUUGAAAUGUUGAAUAAUUAUGUGUGUUGAAUUUUAUAUGUGAUAGAUAGGGAUCGAUUGAAAGGGGAGGAGGGGGGGCGGGGCACAUAUAUAGUUCUUUGGGAAAAAAAUUUAAUCCGGUACUGAGUUUUCUUAGUAACACAUUUUAUUACAUAUUAAUCAGGAUUUACUUUGUAUAUCAAUAUUGUAAUAUACGCUGGAACAUUUUCAUUGGCUACUUCAGUCAGAAAUCCAUUAUAUAUGAUCCCAGUACGAUGAUGUCAUGUCUUCAAUUGUGAAUAGUACAACAAGACAUGACUGUCUCCAUUUGAUGUAGUAGUUUUCUGAGUUAUGUGAUAUAAACCUGUUUUCAUACCAAGGCGAGCAUAAGUUAAAACUUUAAGACGAGUUUCAUAAAAUCUCAAAUGAAAUGAAAGUUCAUUUAAGAUCCGGGGGAUAUCCACUCCAGUGAUGUAAGACUCCAGGAACUAUGUUAUGAUUGGCUUUAUAGCAAUUAAUUAGGAUGGGCUUAUCCACAGUUAUAAAGCAUCAAAUUGGCUAUGUUAUACUGAUACAAUGAAUCAGUUGUCUGAUGAAUAAAAUGUAUGCCAAAUUCAAAUUUAUACUUUUAUUGCAUACCUUUAUAUAAGGCCAAGUGGGGCUGCGUUGGCCGAGUGGUUAAGAUGUCCCGACACUUUAUCACUAGCCCUCCACCUCUGGGUUGCGAUUUCAAAACCUACAUGGGGCCGUUGCCUGGUACUGACUAUAGGCCAGUGGUUUUUCUCCGGGUUUGGCUUUCCUCCACAUCCGAAACCUGGCACGUCCUUAAAUGACCUUGGCUAUUAAUUAUAUAAUAGGAUGUUAAACAAUGUAAACCAAACCAAAUGAUUAGGUCAGUAAGGUUUUUAUUGGUGAAUGAAAUGUAUGCAGAAUUCAAAUUCAUACAGAAAUUUAGGUUUUUGUGACAUUUGUAGAGGAGUUAAUGCAUGAUUGGAUAAUGUGGAUUUUAGUCCAAAUGAUCAAGAUAGAACCAGGGUUGUCUCCCUUCUAUUGCAUACAUUUAAAUCAAUUAUAGGUCAAUGAGGUUUUUACUGAAAUGAACAAGCACUACCGAAACUUUCACUAGUAAACUAGUUGAACCUUGUUCUAGUGAACUUGAUCAAUUAUCUUGAGUCCCAUCUCAAGAAGUAUUGUCACAAUUUGUGAAUUGUCAAUAAAAGGGAGCUAUCCUCCUUAAUUAAAUUCAACAAAUGUACAAGACAAAAAUAGACAUAUUUUUUAUUUGUAGAUAAAACAUAUUUUGUAGAUAUGAACCCUUUCAUAUGGUGCUUGAUAAAACUAUGAUGAAAAUAAUUUCAUUGCUUUAAAAGUUUUGAAGAUGAAUACAGGAAAAUAUAUACAUCCUGCAGUAUUAUUAGAUUAUUAGUCCACAUUGUUUAGCCCUACUGAAGCACAAACAUUUCUGUUACUAUAGUUACUCUUCAGUAAGCCCAUGACAUGAUUAUCCAUGAUCGUGACUUAGUAGGGACUUGUUAAUUCAAGGACAAUGUUUGCUGUUGGUAUUUUCUACUGAACUGAAACGGCUACAAGUGGGUAAGUGCUGGUAAGGUCAAUCGGCAUUCACAUAGCAACUGUCAAGUCUCGGUAUAGAUUAUAAAAUGUUAAUAGCAUGGGGAAAAACUUUUUUUUUGUUCUUUAAAUUUGUGUGCAAUUCUCAAAAAUUCUCAAAUACUCAAAUUGAGAAUGAAUACUUUAAUUAUAUAUAAACAAUUGCUCUUACCUUUUUCAGCUAUUUUAAAAUUUAGACUAUGCAUCCAUUAAUGCCAUGGCCAGACCAAUAUAAACUAAGUUGAUAAUACUUCUGAAAGAUUAAUUGAGACUAGUUAAGGUUUAAUAUUGACCGAUGAACUAGCAGAGUUACCAAAAAUCAAUAAAAAGUGGACAUACAAGUUAUAAUUAACUGUGAAUAAAAUUAGCACAAAGUGCUACAAAGUAAUAGUGCAAACUUAAAAAAAAAAAAAUGCUUGUAGAUACGUAAUUGCAGUGAAAAAAAAAGAUUAUA